CCCGAGGCCGGAGUGCGGGGAAGAAGAAUAACAUCACAGUAAUAAAAUGAAGACUUUCUUAAGACUUCACCCUAAUGCUCUUGCCUAUUCGAUGACCACAUUAGGCGCCGGAAUGAUGAACAGCAUCUUCAAUUUCUAUUAUGUUAAACUCUUUUUAAACAAGUACAAGAUCUCAGAAACGGCAUUCCAUCAAGGGCAGGUGGUUUUCAUGAUCUGGAAUGCCGUCAAUGACCCCCUCUUUGGGUACCUCCAGGACAACUCUCAAGUCCCCUGCUGCUCCCGCCGUCAAUUUUCGAUUUUGUACGGUGCUCCCUUGUACGCCCUGGCCUUCCUUCUCCCGUGGUUUCCGUGGAAACAAUACGAGGAAGGCGACUGGCUCUGUGGGCUGCAUCUGAUUGUGGCCUUGUGCGCCUUCGACGGCCUGCUCACGUUCGUCUUGCUGGCGCAGUGCGCCCUUUUCGCCGAAAUCUCCACCCGCCACGAGAGCCGCCUCCAGCUGAUUAAGUACAGCCAGGUGGCCAGCUUGGUUGGGUCGACCAGCAUCCUGUUCUGUGGCUUGAUCUCUGCCAACAUGGAGCGCUUUGCCUACUUCCAGGCCUUCGCGGUGCUGGUAGCGGUGAUUGCGACGGCUUGCAUGUCCUACACCGGCUUCUACAGCACGACUCAGUACGAGCAAAGGGAACCCCUGAUGGAGGGGCCUGAUCCAGAAAGCGCCAAGGUCCCCCCUCUCUCUUGGUCCUCGGUGUUCUCGUUGACCUGCCAGAUCUUGACUCAGAAAAACUUCCUGUUUUUUGUCCUCAUGAACUUUUUCCAAGUCUUCCACUUAGCCUUCUGCAGCAAUUUCAUGAUGAUCUUUGCAGAUAAUCUCAUCCCCAACGGAGUCCUUUCUUCCUCCAUCAGAAGCCUUAUGUACGGGGCAGGUUUCAUUUGUCCACAAUGCCUUGUGCUCAUCAGUCAGCCCUUGUUGGUAAAAUUUGGUUAUUACAAGAUUGUCUUAUUUUCUUUCUACCUGGAAGGAAUAGCUGCAAUUCUCAUGCUUGCUCUGGGUCGAGAAUAUUACUACUUACUGGCUAUUUAUCUCACGGUCAACAUGGUGAUCGUUCAAGCAUCCUUCAGUUUGUUUAAUUUACCAUUGGCCGAUAUUGUUGAUGCAGAUUUAAAGAAACAUAAACGAAGAUCUCCACUCUCGUCGAUGGUCUUUGGAACCAAUGCUCUCUUCACAAAACCAGCUCAGUCCUUAGCUCCUAUGCUUGUGGUUUCGGUACUAAAUCAAUUUGGCUAUGCAGAUCUGAAUAGUAAAGCCGUCGAUCCUGAUUCACCUCUCUACUUAGGCCUCCAAGAUGCCAUGUUCUACAUGAUCUGUCUGGUCCCUCUUUGCAUUGCGGCGAUACAGAUCCUGACCUGGACCCCCUUUUCCAUCCAGAAUACUCAUCUGACGCCGAUACUCUGAACUGUAAAUGGGGAGCCUUGCUGAACGGUGUUUAAUUGACAGGUGUCAAUGGGCAAGCAAGCACACUGGAUUUUCCUAACUCUCUGAACCAGCCAAUCAAAUGCAGCCUGUGCCAUUUUGUGAUCAUCUGUAGUUUUAAAUCUUUACCAUACUUUUAUUGUGAAGUAGGAAUCUUGUUUUUAGUUCCAUUGAUAUACCAGGUAAAUGGAGACAAAUGAAACCUUGAAGGUAAACUGGAUGCAUACUCUUUAAGUUUUUAUCCCACCUUAACACUCAAGGGAUAAAUAAAAUGCCUCCUUUUAAGGCCAGAGAGAGAGAGAGAGAGAGAGAGAGAAAUGAAAAUAACCGCAGGAUGGGGCAUCUAAAUACCAUUCCACCAUGAAUGGUUGUUUGAAGCAGACAAGGAAAUCUGGAGGGCUGCAUAACUAGGUAAACUAAGCCUGACAAUAUCAUAGAAGCUGCUGCUUUAUAGAGAGAGCAGUACUGAUAUGUUUUAUGUUCCAAAGGGCAGUGGUGAUUUGCCACAUCACAAUGUAGUUUUGUCAGUAGUGGCCAAGUGGGAACUGUAGCAGCACCUGGUGGAAAAAUUGACGUGAAUGGCAGAAGUUUUUGUAGAAACCUGAUGGAAAGGCUUAAAAGCAGAAGGAAAGCUUGCUUUCUCAAAACUUUUUCUCAAGCUGUCAAACUUAAAAUUGAGUUUCCAGAGUCAUAGGAAAAAUAUCUGUUGGGAAAAUAGGCCUGGGGUUUCUUAAAUGCCACGCCAAUAAUCGUUGUGUUUACUUAUAUCAUCAGAUUUCUGUAUUUGUAUUUGAUUUUUUUUCCUGCCUUAUUUUAAAAUGGGAUUUGGGAUUUCUUUUUAUACAAGUCUUCCAUUUUUACUUUUUCAAUAGUAUUUGUAAUGAACGGAAAACAAAUUUUGCUUGAUAGGGUGAAGUCUGAAUUACGCCAGAAUAAAUUGUACCAUCCUUUGCCCAAUGG